ACUCUCGGAUUGGUCCAUGUUGGUGACGUUCGUUGAUUUUGAUAAGCACGUGGCUUUGAUAAGAACUGUCGUGAUAGAACCGACGUCUGCUAUUAAAUUGAUUCAUUGCCGUAUUUAAAAAUUCGUAGCUAAAAAAAACGUUUUCAUUCUUACAACACACUAUUUUUAAUCACGUUGAACGAAAUAAAACGAUUAUCAGGCGUGAAGCUGUAUACGUUCUUAUUAGAUGUCGUAAACCGGGUCGUUGGACAUUGCAUCGAUGGAAUAUUUCAAAAGCGGUCUGAAAUCUGUACUCGGCACGCCCGUCGUCGAUGAUCAACCGUCCGGUGCCGAUAUUGUCGAACGUCUAGUGGAACGGGUACAACAUUCCACUUUGCUGGCCGAUAGACGCGAUGCGUGCAGAGCGCUGAAAGCUCUGUCUCGCAAGUACCGUAUUGAAGUAGGUGCCAAAGGCAUGGAUGCUCUGUGUCAAGUGCUAGAGCAAGAUCGUGCUGAUGCCGAAAUAGCCAGUUAUGCUUUGGAAACGUUAAAACUAAUCAUGAAUAAUGAGAUAUAUGAUGAAGAAGAAAUUCCUGAUAUCACUGCAAAAGAUUCUAAUAAAUUGGGUGAACGUUUCACGGAAAUAUUCAUAAAAAAACAAGAAAAUGUUGGACUAGUUUUGGAUUAUCUAGAAGAAUUUGAUUUUCAUGUACGGUGGCCAGCACUUCAAUUAUUGUUAUUGUUACUCACAAAUAAAGCCAAAGAUGUUCAAGAAAUAAUUUUGGUCAGUCCAAUGGGAGUUUCAAAACUAAUUGACAUGUUGAGUGACAGCCGGGAAGUUAUCCGAAAUAAUUCUGUUCUUUUGUUAACAUUGCUAACCAAGAGCAAUGCAAAUAUUCAAAAGAUAUUAGCAUUUGAAAAUGCUUUUGAUCGACUUUUUGAUGUUAUACUGGAAGAAGGGAAUGCAGAUGGAGGAAUAGUUGUUCAAGAUUGUCUAAAUUUUAUGCUGACUUUAUUGAGAAACAAUAUUUCAACCCAAAAUUUCUUCAAAGAAGGUAAUUUCAUAUCGAGAAUACUUCCGCUUCUACAAUUGCCAGCUAACGAUGAAUGGCCAAUACAGAGAAUUAAUAAUGUACAUGCUGUUCUUCAAAUUAUUCGUACUCUGGUGUCUCCUACAAAUCCAGCUCAAGCUACUUCUUCAUGUCAACAAGCUAUGCACACAUCAGGAAUCCUAAAAGCUAUGUGUGAUUUGUUGGUUGCAAAUGGUGUGCCUAGGAAUCCAUUGACUGAAGCAAUAAGUACUGUAGCGGAACUGGUACGUGGACAUAAUGAUAAUCAGUCAUACCUGGAAGCAGUUAAAUCAAAUGGAAUCCCUUCAAAAGAUGUUUUGGUGUUACUGUUGUGGUCAAUGUUAAAUGAUAAACAGCCAUUUGAGAUGCGUUGCGCGGUAUUAUACUGUUUUCAGUGUUAUUUGUAUAGAAAUGAUUUUGGAAAAAUGAAAAUCAUACAAAAACUAUUACCAUUAGAAAAAGAAGUAACUGAAACUUGUGCCAGUCAUCUUUUGUGUCAGGGUUUAUUCAGCAAGGAAUCAUUGAGCAGCUGGUUUGCUGCAGUAGCACUAUCAUAUGCUCUUAUCGACAACCCUGAUGGCAAAGAAAAGCUAUUGAAUGUAAAGCUGGCAUCCAAUGAUCCAAAUCCACCAACAUUACUUCAGCAGAUUGUCAGUUCUAUACAAACAACUGAUAAAGCACAGUUUAAAAUUGGCCAUUUGAUGUUUUUAUCUACUUGGUUUUCUCAUUGUUCAUUGGCUGUUGAAAGUUUCUUGAAAAUUAACAAUGGUAUACCAUACUUCAUCACCCAGGCAAAUCGUCUGGAAAAUGAAGAAAUCGAAGAAAUUGUCAAUGGCCUUAGUACGUUUGUGAUGGGGAUAUGUCUCGCGUUUAACCCAGAAACUGUGGAAAACUUUAAAAAAGACAGUCUCAGGCAUUUGAUUACCAAACGGAUAGGUGUGGAAACCUUCAUGGACAAAUUAAACGACGUUUCUAGAAACGAAUCGUACACGAGAGCCAGCAAACAUCCACAACCGACAGCUCAAAACCCUCAAAGUUUAUUGUUGGAUUACGAGUUUUGCAAGUUGUUCAAAAUGCUAGAAGGUAUGAUUAUGAGAGCAUUGAACACGCUACCAGGACAAGAUGAUGGUGAAAAAUUGGUGUCCAAUCAGAAGGAAAUCGAUGAACUGAAAGCUACCGUAGACGAAUUAAAAACUGAACUAACUGAAAAGACCAAUCGUAUUGAAGAAUUGUGCCGGCUGGCCAACGAUUCUCGUGAUGACACAGAUCGCAUGAAAACCGAAUUGUUUAGACUCCAAGAAAAUCACAUAGCGCUAAUGCAUGCGUACCAACUUAAAGAAAAUGAACUCGAAUCCUACAGGCGUCUGCUCGCGAUGCACGGGAUUUGGAACGAAAAUCCUGACCAGCAGCAGCAGCAACACCAACACCAUCCACAAGAAUCGCCGAUGUUCGGGGGAGGAGAAUUCACGCCGCACCAUCUGCAACAACAGCAAGAACCUACGACGGUAACAACAGGGGAAGAAAAAGUGUAUCAACCGAUGUUGAACGAACACGAAAGGAAUGAAUUAAUCCGAAACGAUUUGAACGUCUGAAUAUCGAUGGACGUCACUCAACCUCUCGACGUAUACAUUACCACUGUGUCAACUCAACGAUCGCCAUCCCAACCCUUUUAACGAGUAUUAAAUUAAUUAUACGUACAUUUAAUGUGCCGCGGACGAGUUCGGUUUGUGUCCUAGUCGCAUUAAAAAAAUACGCAUAAUUGUACCGUGAACCGACAACUGCUUUGUCGUCUUGUAUAUUAUAUUAAAUAUGUAUGUAUUUAUGUACACAUAUAUUGUACUACAAUGUAAAUCGGGUAUUUGUUUUUUUUUUUUUUUUUUUUAAAGAAAAAGUUUAUUUAUACGCCCUCUGUUUACUCCCGGUAAAACAAAUCUUAAUUUAUUAGUAUUACUAUUAUUAUAUGUUUUUUAUCUGUUACGAAACUUUAAACGAAUACUAACUUUAUAUAUAUUUUUUUCGUCUAGUAGUACGAGUUUAUUUAUUGUUGUUAUCAUAAUUUUUUUAUUUUAUUGGACGUUUCCGUCCGCGGCCAUCAAUUACGCUCGCUCUCGCGCGCACGCACCGUCAAUUGAACUUAAUUACGCGCGCUUAGAUACGUACUACUACGUCGACCUCUGCGCCACCGCCGCGCAACAACGAACAAAUGAACUCGGCCAAACAACACAAAUUGGUUUUCGCAUCUCUCUGCUAAUGUUCCGUGCUGAAUAUCUGGUGCGCUACAGCGCGUGUAAAACAAAGUAAAACGCUGGAACGCAAAGAGAGAAGGGUCUUCUAAACGUCUACGUGCUCACGCCAGAAAAUAUAAAUAAUAAAAUUGACGUAUAUAGUAUUGCGGCCGAGCCCGUGUUUCAAUUAUCUAAUUUGUCCCGACGGGAGGGGUAGUACGCCAUCAAAAACGGCUUAGUAAAUUACAUAUUUUGACUUGUUCGUUAAUUUAUCGUUCUUAUAAUAUGACCGUGUACCCCGUGCGUUUGUACACGUAUACAUAAUAUGUUUUACGCAACGUAUUAUAUUGUUUUAUCAAUGUAGUUUUCAUGGGUGACGGUUCCCCCUUUGCUGUCUUCACUGUAAGUACUCCAACUCUAGAUAGUUGUAUAAAAUCCGAAAACUUUACACCAAACUUUUAUUGUUACCAUCAGUGUAAAUACGCGACGUUUCCUGAUUUUUCAAACCCAUGUGUUUUUGUUUUGCCUUCAACGAUAAGGCGUGACAUGUACAUUUCGCAAUUAGAUAGGAAUAAUACUUUAUUGCAGUGUAUACUGUACACCAGGGAUCGUAAAAUACCUUCUAUUGGAGCCCGAAAGUUUUAAAACAAUAAGCAAACGGGGUCUGGAAAAAAAAUGUAUUUUACUAUUUACUAGUUGUUACUGAAAU